AUGAUAUUUAUGAUGGUGAAUGCUGAAAGAGAUUUCCGCACUAAUACAUUUAAAGUAAAAAGGGUCACUUUGCCAAUGGAUCACAAGACAUUUAUUUCAAAUGCGAGACGAAAAUCUGCGAUAAUUUCAAAUAUUGACAGAAAUAUUGUCACCAAUAUAUCUAAAAGUUGGCGGAUUCUGCCAAAACUUACGUUAACAAGUCGAAUUAGAAAAGAAAUUGGAAAAGUUAAAAGUAAAAUAACUACAUUCAAUAAGCUGCAAUAUUCAAGAAAUAAAACAUUAAAAAGAAAUAACCACCACCAAGAAAAUGAAGUUAAUAUUAGUAAUAAAUAUAUGAAUAAUAAUGAUUUUCGUAAAAGUGAAGAAAUCAGUAUUGAAGAAUCAUUUCGGUAUAAAACUCCUAAACUAGAAAUAAUAACACCUAAAAAUGAGGAAACGCAUGUGAAAAGACCACAAUCCAAAACAACUUCUUUAUCAUAUUCAAAAAACAGUCAAUUAAAAUAUGCAGAUACAAUAAAUAACAUUUCUGUCUCCGAUGAAAGUGACGAUCUAAAACAAUAUAUUUUUGUUUAUAUUCCACUUAUCAAUUUAGAACAUGUUAAUAAAAACAGUGAUCAUAAUAGUGGAAGAAAAAAUGUUGUAAAUAAUGUUCGAAUAAGGAGAGGUGUAAUCGAAGAAGAAAUCUCUGCAACAACUUCUUCAGGGUUUAAGUAUACUGCUGCGGAGUCGAGUUUGGUUGAUCGUUUAACUUUUAAAAACAUAAAAGUAUGA